UGCACUUUCAAUUGGUAGACAAUUCAAAGUUUGAUGCGGAAAUAAAGUCCAAAAUAAAGAGAUGGCUAGAAGAAGGCUGGGACAGUAAAGUCGUGGCCGUACAUAAAAUACAGGGCAUGUCGAUCGACUUUAUCUUUUAGUAUUUCCUUUUUUCAAAUCAACAUGCAGGAGGACUGCAUGCCUCAUAAUUAGAGAAGGAAGUAAGGGCAGAGAUCCACAGUACACGCACGACCAAAAACAAGAGACGGCGUCCCCAAACCAGAAACAAAGCGAAAAAUUACAAAGCAAAGCAAGGCGCAAGAGCUGCCGCCUGCCUGCAAGACAGAGAAAAACUAAAUUUUACAUAGCCAAAAAUCCACAUCCACCUUUAGUUGAUUGAUUUACGACCUGAGCAACUGGAGUGAAUUUGUUGUAAAAAGUGCGGGCACUCCUCUCCUCGACUCCUUCCAUAUAGCCCAAGCAGUGAAAACAAACGCAGUCCAACUUCUUCCACUGAAGCAGUGAACACAAACACAACUGGUGUUCCCGUGAAGAGCGUCUCUCUUCUUUUAGUGUUUCCUUUAUCCCUUUUUCUUUUGCCUUCCUUUACCCCUUUUUCUUUUGGCUUUGACAGCAUGCAUGACGCCAACGACAAUGACUGACAGCCCCUUGAAAUUACUUGUCUGCUUGAGUGCUUGUUGUGAUAAACAAACAUAGGGUAGCGAUACACCUACGUACAACAUACCAAGAGAGAGGGAAGGGAGAUGUCUGAUCUCUGGAGUGGUUUGCUUCUGCGAUGGUGGGAUGAUUGGCAGCUACGUAUCCUCGUCCUGGGCAGUCUGGGCCUCCAGUGGUUCCUCCUGCUGGUCGCCCCUAUGCGCAAGUACACCAUCCGACCCGUCUUCAGGACAUGCAUCUGGCUGGCAUAUAUUUCCAGCGAUCCUCUGGCGAUUUACGCGCUUGCAACCCUCUUCAACCGCCACGUAAGGACCAGUAACUGUGGCGGGAUGAAAGAGCAGUCAAGCAUCCUGGAGGUCCUAUGGGCUCCAAUCCUUCUCAUCCACCUUGGUGGGCAGGAGGAAAUGACUAGCUACGAGAUGGAAGACAAUGAACUGUGGAGGAGGCACACCGUGACCUUGGUGUGCCAGGUCGCGGUCGCCUUGUACGCCUUCUACAAGUCCUGGCACAGCUCCAGUGACCGGAAGCUAUUGGCGGCUGCAAUUCUUCUCUUCGUGGUCGGGGUCCUCAGCUUCAGCGAGAAGCCAUGGGCUCUCAACAGAGCUAAAAGCAAGAGACUGGCGGCUCUAUCGGCCUGGGGGUGAGGAGCAAAAAAGCCAUCCAAAU